CAGCACUGACAGCAACUGCGAGUGGCGAGCAUCCUAGAAGCCAGAGUGACGUCUCGACAGCCCCGUACGGACUAAAGUAGACGCCGCUGCCUUGCUGAUCGGCCGAGCGCUGUGAGGCGGGAGAUCAAGGGAGACGCAUCACCGGAAUUUCAUCUACCAUUCAACACAAAAAAGGAGCCAUGAAGUUCGCCAUUGCAGUCGCUCUCAUUGUUGCCGCGGCCGUCACCGCCAGGCCUAGGAGCAAGCGGGCGGCCUACGAACUUCCGGACGGCGCCGAGCUGGUGGUGGGCAACAUCAAGACGACCUUCGAGUGUCCGGCCAAGAACGGCUACUUCGCCGACGUCGACAACGAAUGCCUCAUCUUCCACGUCUGCAAUGUUGUCACGCACGCGGACGGGCACACAGAGGUCCAGCAGUUCAGCUUCUUCUGCGGAAACCAGACCAUGUUCAACCAGCUGAGCCUGACGUGCGCCUUCCCGGAGGACGCUGUGCCGUGCCCGAACGCGCCCGACUUCUUCUACGUGAACGACAACAUUGGCAUUCCGGACGCUCCAUUCCUGACGGACGCGGACGUCGAGAAGGCAUCCGCACUCAUCGCUGGCGCCAGGAAGAGCAAGGCCUAGGCACAUCCUGGACGGCCAGCUGCUGGACUAGCGCGAACCGGAAGCGCCAGGUCUCCCGUUGAUGCCAAUUUCUCACCGCCGCACAUCCCAGUACGCAUUGCCACGGUGGCUCCUGUCCCCUUGGAACAAACUGUGUUGUGGUGACGAUGGCGUCUGCUGGGUCCAGUUGUGCAACAUCUUGUUCGGAACUGCGGCUGCACGCACGGCGACCAUUAGUUCGGCAUUAGGUCAAUUGCAGGACAUAGCCCUUAAUAACAGAUUGCGUCAUUGUAUAUCAAAGACGUGGUCCUGCUCUGCCGUUCGAGUAAAGCGAAGGCAUUUUUGCCGUCAUACCGGUAGUCGCAAACAAGAGGAAAGGACAUAAGAAAUAAAACGAUCUUGAACGGAUUAAACUAUACAUGCCAGUAUUCGGCGAUACGUACGACACCAUUGUUAUAAGAAAUGUCUAUCAGUUACGUUUUAUUGAAACUCGCUGUGGAAAUGGAGUUCGCGAUGCUAAUGUCAUCUUUGCUUCUAUUGCCGUCAGAUAUCGGCCUACAGCUUCCAUGAUGGGUGCUGUGUUGGUUUUCGGGACAUCUAACAACACUUUUGAAGUAAGCAAUUAAAUGUUGCCUGUAUCUCCUCUUAGUCGGGACAUGUCACCAAGUUUCGCAGAGAAAGAAGGCCUGCAUUCAAAGACGUACUUUGUGACUAACUAGAAGCCCAAGAACGCAACCGUCAGCUAUACUGGCCAAUCUGCGUCAUGUGCCUUAACUGCUGCUUUCUCCAGUAGUUAUGCAAGGUUUGUACGUAUCAGUGCGAACAUGAGGGAUGGGACCCAAAUUCACGGAGCGCUUAUUACGCAACAUAGCGGCUCAUGAGGUUGGCCAAUGACAAUAGCAAACAGGCUGAAGUCAGCGGACCAAGCAGGUCGUCAGCAGAUCUUGCAAAAGGAGAACUUUGUGAAUCUGUUGCUUGUUUCUUGUGCUGUUUAUUGCCAUGUUGUUGUCUUCUGUUGUUGCUAUUGUUUGCUUUAUUAUUUGUUAAAAGUGUUCAAUAGCAAUAGCAAAAAAAACGUUCGCUAACUAAAGCUGCCAAACGCUUGUGAUUCCAUCACAAUAUUACAAUCAUUUUUUGCACAUUAUGUUUAGCUAUAAAGCAAUACAUAUCAUCGUUUGCACAAUUUUGGCAUUGUUAGACGUCGCAGUCGUGCAGGAGUGUUGAAAUGCUGCCAUUCCGUUCGCUUGUUGUACUAGACAUCAGAAGGAAGUGUACAUGCUCGAUCUCGUUGACUGCGCAAUAUGAAAACGUAAAUUGUCACUCAAUCAAGUGUCAAUCAUGAAUAAAGCAUGAUGGUGCAUAA